AUGCGGCUAUUACAUACGACUACACUUGAAUUGCGAGAGUUUUCCGGCACAGAUAUACCUCCCUAUGGCAUCCUGUCCCACACUUGGGGGCGCAACGAGUUCACAUUCAAAGAUCUUCAGACGGAUGGAUAUUGCGGUGGGAUCACGAAAAUCGAUGGCCUCUGUCGUGUCGCUCGGGGCGAAGAGCUUUCCUGGGUUUGGAUAGACACUUGCUGCAUAGACAAAAGCAGCAGUGCUGAGCUAUCCGAGGCCAUCAAUUCUAUGUUUCAAUGGUACAAGCGGGCAGUAGCAUGCUACGUUUUCCUUGAAGAUUGCGAGGUCUCAAACCAUUACGGAUGGCGCAGGAACAAAGCAUCAUUCUCCCAAAGCCGCUGGUUCACUCGCGGUUGGACGCUGCAGGAAUUGUUGGCCGCCCCCAAGGUGUGCUUUUACGACCACGCUUGGAAAUUUGUUAAUCAGAUCGAAAAGCUCGAUGGAGAAGGUCCUGAACAUUUGAACAUCCCGAUAAAUCCAUUCAGUCCACUACCUCCGACACGUGCUGAGGACACCGACGUCAAGAAUUCCUACAAUUUUGUUGAUCUGAUUCACGACAUAACGAGUAUCAAUGUUAUCGCACUAUCCACGGAAUUCGAAGCUGUGCAUCAGAAUUUCUCCGUUGCUGAGAAGAUGAGUUGGGCAGCGAAGAGAGAAACUACCCGGAUAGAGGAUAAAGCUUACUCCCUCAUGGGCCUGUUCGACGUCAAUAUGCCGUUGCUGUACGGAGAAGGUGAAAAGGCUUUCUUCAGGCUCCAGGAAGAAAUCAUCAAGAAGACUGACGAUGAGUCAAUAUUUUCUUGGGGCUACGGAGAAGACUUCACAUCUGCGGGCGGACUGUUUGCCAGGUCUCCAGCCGACUUUCUCAAAUGCAGGGAUGUCACAAUUGAUCGCCUCACGUCUUUGUCGCAGCCGCGGAGCCUGAAGGUGAUGUGGUCUCACGACCGGCAUCUCCCCACCUGA